AUGAAUCUACUCAAAAAAGCAACGACUGUUAUUUGUUCUAUUUAGGAACAUUCAGAAGUUGAUUAAAAGAUUAUCCAUCUAUGUCUUGACUCUAAGUGUUAGAUUUCCAAAAAGGCAUUGUGUGGUCUAUAUGUCUUGGCGAUGAGCAUUAUGGUCAUAAAUCAAUCAAUCGAUCUAAUUUGGACACUCUAAUUAAGAAUGAAUGGGAUCGUGAAAUCAAGCAAUACAAUUAGAAAAACAAAGAGUUGACAGAUUCUAUUUA